AUGCCUGAGAGGAAGCAGAGCGGGGAAUGGCAGCCAAGUGAGGGGUUACCUGAAGUUGUCCUGGGUCUCCUGGGGCGCGCUCUCAGGACACUCCCUGUGUCCACCGUGUCCACAUGUGACCGGCACACUCUGGUGCCCACCGUGUCCACACGUGACCGGCUGUCUGUGAAGAUUCUGGACCUCACCUUGGAUACAGACCUGACAGCAGCCAACGGCAAGAAGAUCAAAGCCCUAGAAAUCUUUGCUUACGCCCUGCAGUACUUUAAGGAGCAGGCGCUGAAGGAGCUGAGCGACCAGGCGGGUUCGGAGUUCGAGAACUCUGAUGUCAGAUGGGUCAUCACGGUGCCUGCCAUCUGGAAGCAGCCCGCCAAGCAGUUCAUGAGGCAAGCUGCCUACCAGGCGGGCCUGGCCUCCCCCGAGAACGCGGAGCAGCUCAUCAUUGCCCUGGAGCCCGAGGCCGCCUCCAUCUACUGCCGGAAGCUGCGGCUGCACCAGAUGAUCGAGCUGAGCAGCAAGGCCGCGGUCAAUGGGUACAGCUCCAGAGACACAGUAGGAGCUGGGUUUGCACAGGGUGACAAGUAUGUGGUUGUGGACAGUGGCGGUGGCACCGUAGACCUGACCGUCCAUCAGAUACGGUUACCAGAGGGACACCUUAAGGAACUGUAUAAAGCCACAGGGGGACCCUAUGGAUCCUUAGGAGUCGAUUACGAAUUUGAAAAGCUCCUGUGUAAGAUUUUUGGAGAGGACUUCAUCGAGCAAUUCAAAAUCAAGCGCCCCGCCGCCUGGGUGGACUUGAUGAUUGCGUUCGAGUCUCGCAAAAGGGCGGCCGCCCCGGACCGCACCAACCCGCUGAACAUCACCCUGCCCUUUUCCUUCAUCGAUUACUACAAGAAGUUCCGAGGGCACAGCGUGGAGCACGCCUUGCGGAAGAGCAACGUGGAUUUUGUGAAGUGGUCCUCCCAGGGGAUGCUGAGGAUGAGCCCCGAUGCCAUGAACGCCCUUUUCAAGCCAACCAUCGACAGCAUCAUCGAGCAUCUGCGGGACCUGUUCCAGAAGCCCGAGGUGUCCACGGUCAAGUUCCUCUUCCUGGUGGGCGGCUUCGCGGAGGCGCCCCUCCUGCAGCAGGCGGUCCAGGCCGCCUUCGGGGACAAGUGCCGCAUCAUCAUCCCCCAGGACGUGGGCCUCACCAUCCUCAAGGGCGCCGUGCUCUUCGGCCUGGACCCCGCCGUCAUCAAGGUGCGCCGGUCCCCGCUCACCUACGGGGUGGGCGUGCUCAACCGCUACGUGGAGGGCAAGCACCCGCCCGAGAAGCUGCUGGUGAAGGACGGCACCCGCUGGUGCACCGACGUCUUCGACAAGUUCAUCGCCGCCGACCAGUCCGUGGCGCUGGGCGAGCUGGUCAAGCGCAGCUACACGCCUGCCAAGCCCUCCCAGCUCGUCAUCGUCAUCAACGUGUACAGCUCCGAGCGCGACAACGUGAGCUUCAUCACCGACCCCGGGGUGCGCAAGUGCGGCACGCUCCGCCUGGACCUCACGGGCACCGGCGGCACCGCGCCCGCCCGGAGGGAGAUCCAGACCCUCAUGCAGUUCGGGGACACCGAGAUCAAGGCCAUGGCCAUCGACGUCGCCACCUCGAAGAGCGUCAAGGUGGGGAUCGACUUCUUGAAUUACUGACGGGCCCUCCCGGCGGCCUGACCCUCGGACUCAGCCCACCUGCAUCUGCCGACCUCAACCCUGACUGUCCUUUCCCUGCCCUUGACCCUUGACACGGCGCACCCGAGCUGCAGCAGGGCGGAUGAGACUAGAGCUGGAAAUACCAGGGCCAGAAGCACGGAGGGGUUUCUGAGGGCGCACCGGCGUCGGGAAAUUCAGAUUGAGGUUUGGGGGUAAGAAACCCAAGGGAGAGCAGCUGGUUGCAUGGGCCCCCGUGGCGGAACACCCACCCGGCGAGGGAGCCGGGACAUCUCUGCACCUAAAGGCUACCCCUAACCCUCAGCUCGCUCUCAACACCCCUCCGCCGAGCAGAACCCAGGAUGCUCUGCGGCUGUCCUUCUGGAGCCGAAAGGUGAGCGCUGAGCAGGACGAGAUUCUCCAUCUUCCUGAGGCUUUUCCUUUCGCCUUUUUUGGCGGCAGUUGCUGUAAAGUGCCCCCCCACCCCCACCCCAUCUGCAGUUCGUUGCUUUUCCUGGUCAUGCGAUUGAGAGUGGAGAUUCAGUGGGAAGCCGGAGCGCGUUUCACGGGUGGGAGGAGACUGCCUACACUGGGCGCUAUUUUAGGUUCGCGUUUAAAUUCCAAAUUGGUUCCGUGGAGAAUCACUGUGGCUGGGCUGGUCCCCGGGGACUGGUGUGAGGGGAGAGCUGACACCUCAGCGUUUCAGCAGGUAGAAGCUCGCUGCGAUGGAAACGAACGUUAAAGAGCUCCCGGCACGUCCCCUACGCCGUGUCACUUCUGGCGUCAGAAGGCCAAGUCCCCACUUCCGAAUUCAUCAGUAAUUCCAGGACGUCCCGGUGAGGAAAUGUGGUUGCCCAGGAGUCCGGAACAGCUCCUCUUCUUGAAAACAUGCAUAUUUCAAAUGAACUCCGUCCUCCCAGCUCACACUCCUCCCCCUAAAGGGUUUGGCCAUUUAUUCCUACAUUUUCAAAGGGAUAUAUUGGUAGUUCAUGGGCAGCGAAUCUGUUCUAUGAGACGUUUGAUUGAAGUCAUCAGUUUUAAAGUCCGUCCAAAAGGAAUCCGUAGGUCUACGCUGGAUGGGCCAAGCCAGGUGUCCUCCAAAGCCGCUCUGUGAGUCUCCUGCAUGAGGGCGCUGGUUAAACGCAGGUUCCUGGAAAUGUCCAAUUGCUACCGUGUACACCUGGAACUGUUACGACUGGUAUAAUACUGUGCACCAGCUAGACGUAAAGGAAAAAGAAAAAACAGUUUCCUGGAUCCUAUCCCUUUUAUGCACUGAAGUCCCGUCUUGGUGAGGCGACCAGGGCUGCGAUUUCAGUAGACGCUGCGGGGACUGCGGUUUAGCUGUGCCUGUGCGUGAGGGCUCCUCACUAGGGUCUUGUCGGAAGCUGACACACAAACCAGAGCUGCCGCCGGGCCUUCCCGUCGGUCCGGGCUCCCCUCGGGCAGGGUUUGCAGGAAGAGCAGCCAUCCCACACUUGCCCUCUGGUGAGUGGGGCUGGGGCCCCACCCGGCUUGAGGAGGCCCUUUUGACCCUCACGGGAGGGGCCUGGGGAGGAAGAAGGCGCCUAAGAAAGGGGCUGCUGAGGAACCAGCGGUGGGGCCUGCGCUCUCCUUCCUUCCCGCCUCGCAGACAGUCUUCUCCAACCUUCCGGGACCAGUUGAGAAAGAACCACGGGUCUGAUCACAGCCCACCCGAUCUGUUCAGAGCCGUCUCUCCCGCCCGCUGGAGCCCGCUCCCGUGUUAAAUCCCUGGGAGCAUGCGUAACGCACGGAGGGAGGCCGAGCGAACCUACUUCCAUGCGCAUUGGAUUCUCAAACCCAUCCUCAGCCAAUACGCAGAUGUGAACGAGCAUUUUCAUGUCAUUUUAACAUGUCUCCCUCCUCACCUCGCCUGCCGCAGAAUUCCCUAGUAGAGCGCGCAACACCACGGACCACGACUAGGGGGUGCUAGUCACGCCUCCGCCACGGGCGCGCUGGUCGGGCAGAGGUGCUGCCGGUGUCCCUGCUGCCUGCUCUGCUUCCCCAGCACCUGCUCCGGGUCUCCGGUGUGACCAGCCAUCCUCUACACACAGGACUUUUCAACUUCGUUAUAAGUAACAUAAUUUUAUGUACAGACAGUAUCAGAAUAUUGUACAGAUUCUUUAUUUCUACAAUGUGCUUUUUUUUGUUUGUUUAAAAACAAAAGGAAAAUGCUCUUUGCAUUUUGUUGAUGACAUUGCUGCCUUUAACUUCCCCUGGUUUCCUUUCUUCCCUGCGCUGACCGCUCCUCAGUUUGUACCGAUACUACCCUAUGGACUGUGGACGCAAGACCGAGCAACAGACAGAGGUGCCUGGGGUCCGAAUACGCGGAGCAGAUGGGCCUCCGGGUCAGCAGCUUCAUCAGACUCGUCUACACACGCGUCCUUCCCAAAGGGUCACCGUUUACAGUUCAGGGAGCAUAAUGAUGUGUAGGUUCUCCUGUCCGGUCUCCGAGCUGAACGCUGGGUUCCGUAAGCAGGGGCUCUGCAGGAAACGCUCUGCGGGCCUGCAGGUUGCCCCGCUCUCCUGGUGGGACAGAGCAGUCCCUCUGGGGGCCAAGUGGGGUCGACGGGUGUGAGGUGCUCAGGUCGCCAGGGUCAAAGGAGGCCUCGGUGGGAGCAGAUCCAGCUCUUUCACUGGAUCAGGCGUCAGGGUGGCUGACAUGGUCAAGUCCCCCUCUUUCUGGCUAAGGAAGGCCUUUCCCGCCUUGCAUUAAGGCCGUCUCCUUGUCUAUUUAUCUUACUGUCAGCCGGUUGAAACGGGAAGUGUGGGCAAAUAGAGGGUGGAGAGGGAGUGGUCCUUUUACUGGACUUGCUUCUGGCCCCAGAGAUGCAGUCCCAAGAGUGGAACUCCUUAGAAGGCAUCCCCCAAACCCAUCCCUGCUCCCCUUUACCCCGAGGAAAUAUUCGCGAGUAAGCAGACUGGGUGGGCAAGUACACUCGGACACGUUUUCUAACCUUAGGAAGUUGCUGCAAGGCCUGUUGUCUUGACACAUCACUCAGCUGUCCCUGGCGUGUUAUCCGAUGUCCACUUUUCCUGGAAGCAGAACGGUCAAAGGGUUUCCUUUGUACCUGCCCUUUCCGCACACAGCAGGCGUUCGUCUGUGCUCAACCGCAGACGAGUGACAGACAAGAGAGGGAGGAGGAGGAGCCCUGCGAGCGUGUGUGCGUAGCGGUGGCCAAGAUGCGUCCAGUUCACAGAGCCUGCCCUCCCCCUAGAAUGAUAUUUAGAUCAAGUUUAGAUUUUAGCGUCCAGGUCUGGUUAACUGCCAGGGUGGCCCAGAAUCGCAUGCACCAAUAUACCCAGGAGUCAAAAUGCAAUAUUAGUCGGCGAUCGAACUUCACAUUGUAGAGACAAAAUAGCUGUGAUUAAGCCGCAUACGUAUGCCGGGAAAUGGCCUAACGGGAUGACUAGUAUAAAGGUUGUUGGCCGUAAUGCUAUACCUCUCGUCUGCUUGGAAUAAGGAACUAGAUUCUCAAAUGGGUCUUGUUCAAGCUUCACAGAACUUUGUGGCAACUCACGACUCAACAAGACUGUAUCUGCAAACUGUCUUCACAGAUUCUAAUAAAACAAAGCUCUGGA